AUGUCGGUCGAGGUCAUAACAACCAUCUCCCCCACCACCAACGAGCCCAUCGUCACCCGCAAUGGCCUCAGCACCUCGGAGCUGGAGCAGCUGCCCGAGACGGCCGCCACAGCUUUCGAGUCCUGGCGGCAGACGCCCUUCACCGACCGCCAGAUCAUCAUCCGCAAGGCCCUGAAGAUCCUCGACGGCAAGAAGGAUGAGCUGGCCAACGAGCUCACCGUCCAGAUGGGCCGUCCCAUUCGCUACACCCCCGUCGAGGUCACAACCGCCGUCAAGCGUGGCGACUACCUGGUCAAGAUUGCCGAGGACACCCUGAAGGACACGCCCGGCGAGGAAGAAAAGGGCUUCAAGAGAUUCAUCCGCAAGGUCCCCGUCGGCCCAGUCCUCAUUGUCUUUGCUUGGAACUACCCCUAUCUGAUUCUAGUCAACUCCAUAGUCCCUGCCCUGCUCGCGGGAAACACGGUCAUCCUCAAGCCCUCGCCCCAGACCCCCACCAUUGUCGAGCAGGUCGCAAAGGCCUUCUCCGAGGCCGGUCUGCCCGCCGGUGUCCUGCAGUACUUCCACUGCGGCUCGCCCACCAUGAUGGAGUCCAUUGUCAGGAACCCAAAGAUUGCCCUGGUGUGUUUCACUGGGUCCGUUGCUGGGGGCUUGUCCGUGCAGAAGGCCGCGUCCGAUCGUAUUGUCAACGUCGGUCUCGAGCUUGGUGGAAAGGACCCUGCCUACGUGCGAGGUGAUGUCGACAUCGCCUGGGCUGCCGAGGAGAUUGUCGAUGGUUCCAUUUUCAACUCGGGCCAGAGCUGCUGUGCCAUUGAGCGCGUCUAUGUCGACGAGAAGAUCCACGACGAUUUCGUCAAGGCCGUGCAAAAGGUCCUGGAGGGUUACAAGGUUGGCGACCCCCUGGACAAGGAGACACAGAUUGGACCUGUCAUCUCCAAGAGGUCCAAGGAGACCAUCGAGGGCCACAUCAAGGAUGCACUCAGCAAGGGUGCCAAGGACGAGACGCCCGAGAACCCGACUUUCAACUCUCUGCCCUCCAAGGGCAACUUUGUCAAGCCUACUCUGCUUACUGGUGUGAAUCACACCAUGACCGUCAUGACUGAGGAGACCUUCGGCCCCGUCAUCUCCGUCAUGAAGGUUAAGACUGACGAUGAGGCCGUCGUGCUGAUGAACUCGAGCGAGUUCGGCCUGACGGCAAGCAUCUGGACCAAGGACACUGCCAAGGGGUACGAGCUGGCCGAGCGUGUUGAGGCCGGCACCGUUUUCGUGAACCGAGCAGACUUCCCUAGCCCGGAUCUGGCUUGGACAGGCUGGAAGAACUCGGGCAAGGGCGUCACACUAAGCAAGUUCGGCUUUGACCAAUUCGUCAAACUGAAGAGCUACCACCUCAAGGACUACCCCAAAUAA